AUGGUAUAUAGUCGAUCAGUGUCAUGUUCAUGCCAUUUAGAUAGUACAGGAAUGACAAUGAUUUGUGACAAUGUUCAUUCAUUAAUUGCUUAUCAACAAUGCAUACAUGAACAACUUAGUUUACAAUCAGAUAUAAAAUUAAGACGUGGUGGUGUUAUUACAAAUUUAACUAUAAUACAUCAUCGAUUAAAUAGUUUAUCAAAUGGUUUUCUUCAAUUUUCAUAUGGAAAUAUUUAUUAUCAAUUAAAUGAUUUACGUUAUUUAUAUAUUGUACAGGGUAAAUUACGACAAAUAGAUAAUCGAGCAUUAGUAUUAAUUCAACAAACUCUUGAAUAUCUUGAUUUAUCAAAUAAUGAAUUUGAAACUAUGCCAAAAAUAUCAAAUAAUAAUGAAGAAUAUAGUAAUCUUGAAAAAUUAAUUUUAUCACAUAAUCAAAUUCAACGUUUAACAAUAUCUGAUAUUCGAGCAUAUAAUCAUUUAGAAGAACUUGAUUUAUCAUUUAAUCGUUUGCAAUAUAUUGAUAUGACUAUAGUUAAUUAUUUAAAAAAUUUAAAAAAUUUAUUUUUAAAUUCAAAUAUGUUAAGAACAUUAACAAAUAAUAUAAAAUUUCCAAAUUAUUUUCGUUUUAAAUUAAAUUUAAAUCCUUUAGAAUGUGAUUGUCGUCUUCGUUGGUUACGUAAUGCAUUAAAUCGUGUUGAAUAUCCUAUUUAUCAUGAUGAACCACAAUGUGAAAUGCCGAAAGCAUUAGCUGAUAAAAAAAUUAUUACAUUAAGUGAUGAACAAUUUGUUUGUGGACCAAUUAUAUCAAAACCUGAUAUAAGAACUCUUGUUGCAACAACUGGAGAACUUGCUACACUUCGAUGUGAUGUCUAUUCAGAUCCUGCACCUGAAAUUUGGUGGACAUUUCAAAAUAAAAUUAUUGGUAAGAUGAUAUCAACUGUAAAUGAACCUGAUAUUCAUACUGGUUCAUAUACAAUUCGUUAUUUAUGUCUAUCAACGUCUUCUAUGGAUUUAUCAUCUACAACAUGUCUUAAUAAAACAACAACAUUAACAAUAUCAAAUAUAGGUACUGAACAUAAUGGAACAUAUAAUUGUGUUGCUGCUAUACGUAAUCAAGGACGUUCAGAUAACGAAUAUUUAUCAUAUGAAUUACGAGUUCGACAAACAUCAUUAAUGAAUAGUUCAUUUCUUUUAUGGACUAUUGGAAUAUUUUUAUUUCUAUUUUUAUUUCUUCUUAUUCUAUUAUGUUUAUGUUGUAUUCUACGUUGUUAUCAAUCAAAUCGACAGCAAACAAAACGAAAUAAAGCAUUAUUAUUUGAUAGUAUGAAUAAUCAGAAUGGUUUCUUAGUAGAAAAUGGAAAUAUGUAUAAAGAAAAAAAUGAUAAACAACAUCAAUAUAUUACAAAUGGAAUUUAUGAUCCAUAUGAUAUAGCUGAUUCAAGAUCACAACUUGGUCCACCAAUGUAUAGUGAAGUACGAAUAGUUGAUUCAACACCAUUAAGAAGUAUUGGUGAUGGUUCAAUGUCAUCAACAUUAUUGAGACGAAAUGAUCCAUUUUAUGAUAGUUGUCGAUCGGAUAAACAACUUUAUGAACAAGUUUAUCGACCAUCGCCUCUUGAAUCAACUAUAGUUGAUGAAUUUGAAGAUGAAAUGAUAUUUCCUACUGGUUAUGAAGAAGAUUAUCAAUAUCGCGAAGAUAUAAUUAAACCAAAUCAAGCUGUUGAUCCUCGACGACAAACGAAAAUACAACAUACAAAUCAUGAUCGAACAAAUGACAAGAGUGUUUUAUCUUCAUCUAAUCCAAUUAAUGAGAAUAAUUUGUCUCAUCAAAAAUUAACUUCAACAUCAAAUAAAACUAAUAUACCAAAUUUUGAUUCUAAUCAUAAAUUUAAUAAAUCAGAAUCUCCAUAUGCAGGUUUAGUUGAAUCACAACUCUAG